UACUCCCCCCCUUUUACUAACACUUGGCCUCCUCUUUACGUCUCCCCUUCCUCUCCGUCCUUGUCCUCCUCCUCCUCUUUUGUUUCAUUCAAACAAAAGAAAAAAAAAAAAAACGACACUGCAUCUCUUGUUUCAAUCAAUGAAGAAAGAGGAGCUCGACUUUGUGCUCGUCCCGAUCGGCCUCGCGGCAAUGGCCGGGUACCACCUCUGGCUGCUGCGCCGCGUCCUCCGCCGCCCCACCACCACCGUCAUCGGCAUCAACUCCAUCAAUCGCCGCAUUUGGGUCCAGACGAUGAUGGAGGACCCGUCGAAGAACGGCGUCCUGGCGGUGCAGACGCUGCGGAACAACAUCAUGGCGUCGACGCUCCUGGCGUCGACCGCCAUCAUGCUCAGCUCGCUCAUCGCCGUGCUCAUGACGAGCCACAGUGGGGGCGGCGGCGGAGAACAAGAGUUUGUUUUCGGGAACACGAGCGGUCUCGUCCGGUCGAUCAAGUUCUUCGCCAUCUUGGUCUGCUUCCUGCUUGCCUUCCUGCUCAACCUGCAGUCGAUACGGUACUACAGCCAUGCGAGCAUCCUGAUCAACGUGCCGGUGCGGGCGCGGCGGCACCGGGGGACGGCUGCGGAGUACGUGGCGCGGGCGGUGAACCGGGGCAGCUACUUCUGGUCACUGGGGCUUAGGGCCUUCUACUUCUCCUUCCCCCUCUUCCUGUGGGUGUUUGGGCCCAUCCCCAUGGUGGGGUGCUGCUUAUUCUUGGUGGUCACUUUGUAUUACUUGGAUGUGUACAAGGAGUGGGAGUUAGGGGUUGGAGGAGAAGAGGAGAAAGGGGGAGAACAGUGCUGAUGCGGAGGACACAUGGCGGGUUUUGAUUGGUGGUAACCCGAGUUCAAUGCCUUGUUGAAUUUGGGUCAAUGCUAGAUGACUUAAUAAAUAGAAAUUAAAAAUAAAAAUGUAUCAAAGCUUAUUUGAACUAUAUGAUUCGAUUUUCUAAUCUUUCCAAAUUUUAAUUUUAA